AUGGAUGACUGGCCACUCGCUGUGCUUAUUGCACAGCAUAUCCGCGCUGACCGCAGUGACGCCGCGGAAGAGGUCACGUCUGAGUUGCGCCGAGUUCUGAGGGCGGAUCUGCUGCCCAUCGCCCAGCGCGCGCACGACCCGUGGCUGGGCUCUUUGGUGUACUGGCACCUUGGGGAGCAUCAUGAAGCUGUUCUGAGCGUGGCGCGACCUUUCCAUGAUUUGAUGGAUGAGGAUGAGAAGCCAGGCACGAGCCAGUUCUUCAGCGCCAGCGCGCUGCAGCACUGCAGCUUCUCUCCUGGUCUGCCGCGCUUCCUGUCGCUGCUGCAGGCUGUCCUGGCGAAGAGGAAUGAAGUCAUCACCCAGGAUGGGGCUCAGCAAGUUGGUUCCUUGGCGGUCAUCGCUCGAGCUUACUUGGCGCGAAGGCAGCCUUUGCUGGCGCUGCCGCCGCCGGAUGCCUCCGAGGUGCUACCUUGGCGCACUGCUGUCGCGGUGGCUCGCUCGCUGACCAGCUUGUACUGCAUCUCUGGGCAAAAUCAGCUCUCGCCCGACGGCCAGUUCUUGUUGGUGCCGCUUUCGGAGGUGAUUCGACGUCGGCUGGGCUUGGCGUCCCUGUGUCCCAUGCUGCUGCGAGAGGUUCACAAGCAGGCAGCCCGCGAGGCAGCACUUGGAGCCGACUUUUGGGAGGUGUGCACUGAUGUGGAGGAGUUCUAUGCUCCAAGUCGUCGAUGGCUUGCUUGCAGGUUGCCCAAGACACGCGAGGCUGUGAUGGAGAUGACUGGCCCGUCCGCACUGUGGCUACUUCCCUGCCUCAGCAACACCCUUGAAGGCGAAGACGCAGGCCUGUGCCGCAGGCUCCGGCUGCUGGCCGGCCCGUACGCCACGCGGGCGCUAGUGACAGACACCACCCAAGCGGUGCUGGCAGCUGUGGCAUGGGGUGUGCUACCACGCCUGCGGACAUACAUGGAAGAGCCCUCCGGAGCCUUCCCUUUGGCCAUGAUGCACUUGGUGGUCCACAUCGUGUGCGCCGCCUGCAUCUCGCGCCCGCCUCCCUGCUUGAACGCAGCGCAGGCAGCAAACAAGGAGUUUUCCGGCGACAUGUUUCAUGUCGUGACCACAUUGGCUCUCGUCUUGGUGGUGCUCCUCUCCCUGCGUGGUCUGACAGCCAAUACACGACUCUGGCCAGACCAGGAUGAGGAGGACUACAGAGCUGUUCUGCUGGAGGCACAGAUCCGCGAUCCGAGCUCAGAAGACGGAGGUCGGGUGACGGAUUGGGAGCCUCUGCUGUGGCAGGGCCUGCGUGUGUUGCUGGAGCAGCUCAAGGGCACCUCUGACGAGCAGCGGCGCUUGCUUCGCUGCGGGGCCAUUCCGUCUAUGGUGGCCACCCUCUUCUUGGAUCGCAGCUCUCCCGAGGCAGCGGAAGCGGCGGCCCGCGGGGAUACGGCGCGGAGGCCGGCGCCUCUCUCGCCGUCUAGCUCCGGCUCUGAAGGCGAGGAUGGCAAGCGGAGCCGACACGGCUGCAGAGCCGCGCUGGCGAACCUCGCGGCGGCGGCCGAGAAUCCCGGCAUCGCAUCGAGCCUGCGGAACCUGCUGGGCUGUUCUGUGGCGGAGCUGACCCUGGAGAGGCUGGUCCUGCUGCUCGCUGGCAUCCGACGGCGGCCGGCACACAGCUCAGGCCAUUGGAUCGCUGCUUGGUACGACGCGUUGCUCGACUCGCUGCGCCAGCUGCUGCGCUAUGCCAGGUCCCGACUUUUGGAAGCAGCCACUGAGGUCUCCGAUGUAUUUGAGAGGUGGCCGCAGGCGUUGUGCGCCCCAGAAGCCCAGCUGUCGUCCACCUUUGCCAACGUCAUUGGCGAGAGUCGGGAUGCCUUCCUCUCUCUUUGGCAGCAGCUCAAUGGCACGCGACGCCUGGUACUUCUCUUUGCGCAUCAUCCAAGGCUCCUGACGCCGUCUUCAAGGCUGACCAGGCGGAGGGCAGUGCUUUGGAAAGGCAACGCAGGGCUUCGCUUUGUUUGCGCUGACCAUGGCUUCGGUGCACUGCAGAUCAUUUUCCACGCCAAAGGCACUAUGUGGCCUUUGCAUGCUGGCCAUGCUGCAAGAUGGGCGGCGAAUGCGACGGCGACGCCGGAGGCAGAGGCGAAGCAGCGGGUGGAGGCCUAUGCGAUGGCGGCCUUGACGGCAUCGUCCUCCGCUCGGAUCGGCGAGGCGGAGUUCCUGCUAGGGGGGGCCAGCCGCGAUGCAGAUCCUGGAGACGAGACGAGUGUGUCCGAUAGGGGCCCGGAGGUGGCCCAUUUCUUGGCCACGCUAAGGCUUCCGGCAGAAGCGCGCAGUCAAGCCCGCACGUCCACGGCGGGCCUUGUCAGCGCUGCAUCGCACCCGUCAAAGUCCCUGUUUGCGGCAGCUACCGAGGACGGCACCAUCCAGCUUUGGUCUUUCAACCAGCGACUUCUGCGACAAUUGCCGCGCCCUGUGUCCAAGCGCCGGCAGCGACCAGGUGGGGUGGCAGGUGAUGAGCCUGCCAGCGAGGCUGCUACCUCUGGAGCAUGGCGUUUAGCGUGGAAUACGCCCGGCAAUCGCUUGCUGGCCGUGCAGAGCGGCGGGAAGACUUCGGUGAACCUUUGGGCCUUGGAAGGAGACCAGCCUGGCGUUGCCUACACGCUCUGCACAGGCGCUGCACACGCGCGCCUGCACUGUGCCACCUUUGCCUCCUACUCUGGGGCAGUCGUGGCCACUGGUGGACGAAGGGCAGAAGUUGAGUUUACAGCUCCUGGGCUGCCCACAACCACGAUGAAGGCGUGGCCACACGUUGCGGCUGGCAUUUGUGUUUGGGACAGCCUCUCGCCUGCCAGCUCGUCCCUGGUGGCGCAUGAUGGCAUUGAGGCCUCCUCAACGAUGCCCCCAGACUAUUGCAGCAUGGCCUGGGCAGCCAGCCAGCAGCGCAUUUUCUGUGGCACCAAGGCCGGGGAGCUGCGCAUCUUCGACCUGAGGAUGGCGCGCAUGGCCCAGCGCUUUGAGGCGCACGGCGAGGCGGUGAGACAUUGCUUUGUCCUGGAGGAGACGGGGCAGCUGGCCACCUUGAGUGAUGCGGCUGAGCUGAAGCUCUGGAGUCUCCGAAAUCUGGAGCUGCUGGACACAGUUCCCGCGCUUCACAGUCCAGUGAGAGGGGUGGGCUCAGUGCUGGGCGGCAAAGCCUUAAGCUGCGCCUCGCUCCUGGCUCAGCGGCACCUGCUUACUGGUGGCCAGGACGGCUCCCUGGUGCUUACGCGUCUGUGA